ACCGGAUCAAAAAAGUACACGAUACGUUCUAAGCAUACCAUUCUGGCUGCAGCGUGUGUGCAUCAUAAAGUAUUUUAUAUUAUUUCUUUAUAUAUAUAUAUAUGUAUAUAUAUACGUGUCCGCUCAGCCGAUGUUUCUACUGCAUUGAUCAUAUUUAUUAAAUCUAUGGGGUACAUUUAUCGUCGAAUUUUUUUUAAUAUUCUUUGCAUGCUUGCAUAAGGCGCCUAGUGCGCCUUCCCGUCACAAUGAAGAUGUGUCGGGCACAAUUACUUCUCCACUUUUUGGUGCUUAGCCUCUUACCUUUCGUUCACACAGAUGAGCACAAUCACAUCUAUGAAGACAAUGAUGAGGUUGUACUAUGGAUGAGUACGGUCGGACCAUACCAUAACAGACAAGAGACAUACUCUUAUUAUUCUUUACCAUUUUGUAUGGGUAUGAAAGAUGUUAUUAACCAUCAUCAUGAAACCUUGUCCGAAGCACUUCAGGGUAUUGAAUUAAAGUUUAGUGGAUUAGAUAUCGAAUUCAAAGCGGAUAUCUCUAAAACAGAAUAUUGUCAAAUAAAUUUGCCAGAAGAAAGUUUGAAGGCUUUUGUAUAUGCUGUUAAAAGUCAAUAUUGGUACCAAAUGUACAUUGAUGACUUACCAAUUUGGGGUGUUGUAGGUGAACCAGAUGAAAAUAAUGGGGUAGUUUCAUAUUAUAUAUGGACGCACAAAAAAUUUGAUAUAGGAUAUAAUGGUAAACAAAUAGUCGAUGUCAAUUUAACAAGCGAUAACAAAGUUAAACUUGUACAAGGUGCUCAAAUAUCUUUCAGUUAUGAAGUUAACUGGAAAAAGAGCAAUAUUAAAUUUGCUGAUAGAUUUGAUAAGUACCUGGAUGCUAGUUUCUUUCAACACAGAAUUCAUUGGUUCAGUAUCUUUAAUAGUUUUAUGAUGGUUAUUUUCCUUGUUGGACUUGUAUCCAUGAUAUUAAUGCGGACUUUGAGAAAGGAUUAUGCAAGGUAUAGCAAAGAUGAAGAAAUGGAUGAUAUGGAGCGAGAUUUGGGAGAUGAAUAUGGAUGGAAGCAAGUGCAUGGGGAUGUUUUUCGCCCAGCUAGUCAUGCAAUGUUAUUUUCAGCUCUCAUAGGAACUGGAUAUCAAGUUACUGUUGUUGUUCUCAGUGUAAUUAUUUUUGCUAUUCUUGGAGAACUUUAUACAGAACGAGGUUCUAUGCUAUCAACUGCAAUAUUUGCUUAUGCAGCCACCUCAUCUAUAAAUGGUUAUGCAGGUGGUGGUUUGUAUGCACGAAUGGGUGGACGUGUUUGGAUCAAACAAAUGAUCCUUAGCGCCUUUAUGUUACCCAUUAUGGUUUGUGGAACUGCAUUUUUCAUUAAUUUUAUUGCCAUGUAUUAUCAUGCUAGUAGAGCUAUUCCUUUUGGUUCAAUGGUGGCAGUGACAUGUAUUUGUAUAUUUGUUAUUUUACCUCUUACAUUGGUAGGCACUAUUUUGGGCCGUAAUCUUGCUGGAACACCUGAUGCUCCAUGCAGAGUAAAUGCAGUUCCAAGACCAAUACCAGAAAAAAAAUGGUUCAUGGAACCAUUGGUUAUAAUAAUGCUUGGUGGAAUCUUACCAUUUGGAUCUAUUUUCAUUGAAAUGUAUUUUAUUUUUACCUCAUUCUGGGCAUAUAAAAUUUAUUAUGUUUAUGGUUUUAUGUUACUAGUGUUUAUUAUCCUCAUGAUAGUGACAGUCUGUGUGACUAUUGUAUGUACAUAUUUCUUAUUGAAUGCUGAAGAUUACCGAUGGCAAUGGACAAGUUUCCUUGCAGCAGCUUCAACAGCGGGAUAUGUGUACAUUUAUUCAUUUUAUUACUUUUUCUUCAAGACUAAAAUGUAUGGUCUCUUCCAAACAGCAUUUUACUUUGGCUAUAUGGCACUAUUCAGUCUGGUCUUAGGUAUUAUGUGUGGUACAGUUGGUUAUAUGGGUACUAGUACGUUUGUACGAAAAAUCUACUCCAUAGUCAAGAUAGACUAAUGCAGUUUUAGUGAAACUUAUGUACUGUGGAAUAAAGUAGGAACUUUAUUCGUACGGCGUACUGCUCUCGGUGACGAACAUUUGCGAACGUGUGAUGUGUCUUUACAAGACAGUAUUUUCAGUUUGAUUAUAAAAAUAUAUAUAUUGUCUAUCUUU